CCAAAACAUAUACAUCUCUAAUCUCUCUCUCACUGUAAGCUUUCAAUUCAUGAUGGGAUACCAAACAAACCCUAAUUUCUCCAUGUUUUACGACCAAGACCACCCUCAUUAUGAUUAUGAUGACCUCUCUUCAUCAACUUCUGUUGAUUGCACUCUCUCCCUUGCAACACCAUCUACUCGUCUCGACGAACACAGUAGAUUUUGUUCUGCCAAUUCUAACAACAUCUCCGGCGACUUCUACUUUCACGGAGGAAGCGCAAAAACGACAUCGUACAAGAAGGGCGGCAGUGAUCAUAACAUACCUCGCCGUUGUGCUAGCUGCGACACAACUUCUACUCCUCUAUGGAGAAACGGACCAAAAGGACCUAAGUCGUUAUGCAAUGCGUGUGGGAUCAGAUUCAAGAAAGAAGAGAGGCGUGCAGCUGCCAGAAACUCAAUAACGUCCGGUGUUGGUUCAUCGAUGACAGAAGUUCCGGCAGAGCCGUACAACGGAGGUGGAAACUAUUACACUCAUCAUCAUCACUAUGCUUCGUCGUCACCUUCGUGGGCUCAUCAGAACACACAAAGAGUUCAGUACUUCUCGCCGCCGCAGGAGAUGGAAUAUCCGUUCGUUGGCGACGUCUCAACUGCGUCUUUUCUGUCUUGGAACUGACGCCACGGAGACCAAUGGCGUUCUCCACCAUUUUGAUGAGAUGAAGAAGCAACGUUAACUAUGGAUGAUGAUGAAAGGUCUUGUCAUAGAUUCUCAUCGAAAGUAAAUCAGUCUUGGUCAAAUUCAUUAUACAGUAGUUUCUUUUUAUUUAUUUAUUUCAUACCUCGACUCUAUCAACUUGUGUUUUCUUUUCAUGACUUUUUGAAAGUUAGAUAUAUAUACGUUAUGUUUUAUGACCCUUUUCAUGAUGUUCCACUGAGAGCCAGGAUUUGCAUCCUGGAAUAUAUUAUAUGUACUGAGCCUUGUCUUUCCAUAAGAAAUAUCAAUCGAAA